GGCUCCCAAAGGCAGAGGCAUGAUGGGACUUGUAGUUUCACAACAGCUGGAGGGCCCCCAUUGUGACACCCCUGCUUCAGAACUACAAGUCCCAUGAGGCAUUGCACAGCUGACAGUUACAAGCGUGGCUCCCAAAGGCAGAGGCAUGAUGGGACUUGUAGUUUCACAACAGCUGGAGGGCCGCCAGUGUGACACCCCUGUUGAAGUACUACAAGUCCCAUCAUGCCUCUGGGAGUCUUGCCUGUGGAUGUCAGAGUCUUGCAAGGCCUCAUGGGACUUGCAGUUCCUCCACACCUGGAGGGCCGUAGUUUGGACACGCCUAGUAGGUAGUCCAUGGAUG